UGUGCUCACAAGCCAGUGAAUGGACUGACAGGGUUAGGCUAGGCUGUGCACACGACAGACAGACCGGGCAAACACUGAGAUGACCCUGGGUGGAUUAAAGUCUCCCUCAGCUUGGCAUUUCACUCUGUUGUCAUCCACUGUGACUGCAGGGAAAAAAACCACUCUCCACUGUUUGCCGUUCAGAUCUGGAGGAGAAAAAGGAAGAGCUAGAGCAAAGAUGACAUGAAAGGAGUAAUACCUUCUCAAAGGGACUUGUGUAUGUUCCUGUUACGCAACCUGGUUUGGGGAUAUUAUCAUAUUUUUCUCCCCUCUCUUCUACUGGAAUAGUGGGGGGGAGUUUGCUCAUGUACUCAGCGGAUACAACCCGGAGACGAGGCCUUGGGUUCCACUCCAGUGAUUCCUUUAUGAGUUCGUGGUGGGGUUGACCCUCGACUGAAUAGCGACGCGGUUUAUUGAGCAAACAGCGAGGCCGGGUCCGCAGCACCAAGCCACUAGCGAUUGUGUGUAUUCACCCACUUCAUUCAUAGCUGGAGAUGCAGUAGACGUGGUCUGUUAGAAUUCCAUUCUUUCCUCUCUUCACCGGUUUUUCUUUUUUGUUCACGGGUGAAGACUCGCAGACAGGGACUACCGUAUUCAGCAGUUGCCCUAAAAGUUGCGUAUGUGUACUCAUCCCUUUUCAUUUGCAACUAAUUUUUGUGUGUGUGUCCUCCGAGUCGUGACACAUCGAGUCGGGAAUCCCGACACUUCUGGGAUUUUUUUUUUCCCCGUGUGUGGUCACGCUGCCAACUAAAAUCCCUGUGUCUGGAACAUCCAGUGAUUGUGGUAUCGUACUCAACUGGCAACCAGCCCCAGCUAGCUUGGUUCUGUGCACUGGGGAUUGAUUCUACCUAAGCUAUACCUAUGUACUUUGUCGAUCCGUACGCCAGUGGCGAGAUGAUUCUAGCACCCAGUGGGGCACCAUAUGGGACUGUGCCCGUUGUGGCGGUACCCCAAAGCCACCCCACCGCUAGUUACGUGUACAGCUCAUCGAGUAGAAAACGAGGCCUGCGGGGCUCUGACGAGUUGUUCACAGCCAACGGCACCGCCACUAAUCCCCUUGUUGCCUCCAACUUCGGCGGAGGUGAUUCACCUAUUAACGAUGCCAAAAAGGCUAAGAGGGAGGCAGCACCCCCGUCUCGUGUGGUCCACAUCCGCAACCUCGCACCCCACGUCACCGAGGCAGAAGUGGUCGGCCUAGGUGCGCCGUUUGGCAACAUCAAGAAGGUCCUGUGCAUCAGAAACAAAGGCCAGGCCUUCAUAGAGCUAGCCGAUGUCAGUCAGGCCACCAAGAUGAUCGCCUACUACAACCAGGUCACGACCAACCUUCACGGCCAGCCGGUCUUCGUUCAAUUCUCGGAACACCAGGAACUGAAGACAGACAACUCGCCAGCACAUCAGGAUAUUGGAAUCCACAGUUCAAAGUAUCACGCCACGACGGUAGCGGUACAGGCUGCCCUGGCUGCUGUCAACGCCGUGCUAAACAGCCCCUCCUCUGCCGGGGGUCUUCUCUCUGAUAGCGACUCCUCUUCUGGCUCUCUGGACAAGAACACUGUCUCUUGCGUGGCAGCCCAGGCAGCAAUACAGGCCACCCAAGCCCUCCUGCCCCAACACCAGCUGUCCCCACCCAAGGUGGCCGACAGCCCUGGGGGCCCCCAGCACGUCCUGCGCGCUGUGGUAGAGAACAUGAUCUACCCAGUCAAUGUGGACAUCCUGCACCAGAUCUUCUCCAAGUACGGCACGGUGCUGAAGAUUGUUACCUUCAACAAAAGCAAUGUUUUUCAGGCCCUCAUUCAGUUUAGCAACAGUGCAGAAGCCACUCAGGCCAAAAGUACCUUAGAUGGACAGAACAUCUACAAUGGCUGUUGUACCCUGCAUAUUGAGUUCUCCAAGCUUCCAGCCUUGGUGGUCAAGUACAACAAUGACAAGAGUAGGGACUACACCCGGGAUCUGCCCUCCGGAGACGGCAUCGCCACCCAGGAUGGCUUUGGUGGAAUCGGGGGACAUGCGAUGAUGCCUAACGCGUUACAGAUGGCGUCUCUCAGUACGUCACCGUUUAGUCCGACAGCUGCCACACUAGCAGGCUUCCCCACGGCAGCAGUUCCAGGUUUAGGCAGUGCCUUCAUUGGCGGCAGUGUGCAGCAGAAUGCAGCGGCGGCCGCAGCCUUACGUUUCCAGAACACCCUGGCCAUGCAGGGCCUCCAAGGCAUGCAAGGCCUACAGGGUAUGCAAGCCAUGCAAAGCAUGCAGGGAACACCGGUGCUCCUGGUCAGCAAUCUCAACACAGAACUGGUCACACCUCAGGCUCUCUUUACCCUCUUUGGGGUGUUUGGCGACGUGAAACGAGUCAAGAUUCUGUACGAGAAGAGAGACAAUGCUCUCAUUCAAAUGGCUGACGCGCAGCAGGCACAAACAGCCUUGGCCAAUCUGAACGGUGCCAAGUUGUACAGUAAGCAGCUGAGGGUAGCCCCUUCCAAGUACCGCGAGGUAGCCAUGCCGAGAGAAGGCCAACCGGACGCGGGUCUGACUAAGGACUUCAGCAACUCCCCACUGCAUCGGUUCAAGAAGCCGGGCUCCAAGAAUUUCCAGAACAUAUUCCCACCCUCCGCUACCCUUCAUCUUUCAAACAUUCCAGCCAGUAUAACAGAGGAGGAACUUACACGUGCCUUUGGUCAGCAUGGAUCAGUUGUGUCUUUCAAAUUUUUCCCGAAGGAUCGGCGCAUGGCCUUGAUCCAGAUGGGUUCUGUGGAAGAGGCUACACACGCUCUCAUUGCGCAGCACAACUACCAGCUUAGCGAGUCAAAUCAUCUGAGGGUGUCUUUCUCCAAAACACAGAUGACAUAGAGACCCCCCCAUUUUGCCAAAUGGAAUGUACUCCAAGUCAAUGGUAUAAGUUAGGGUUUGCUUCAUUGUACCGUUGACAUGGGGGUUUUGAUUCAAAAAAUGAUCUCUGAAGUUUGAACAUUGGCCAGUGUUUCCCACCCCCGUGGACUGAAUGGAGCAAGUCCUGAUCUGCUUAUAGAGCAAUCACAAUAGUAUUCAUUUGGAGUAUACCAUGUUGGGCAGGGGGAGUAGUUUGUUGUCAAAGGAUGGUCAGCUUUCCAUCUUUCAUCUUCUGGACUCUCUGCUGAAGGAUCCUAGCGUUUGUAACCCAGGACCCAGAUUUGCUUUUUGUUUGUGAUUUGUGUCCCUUCAGGGUCCAAGGACCAAAAAAAAAUUACAGUUAUCAGUUGUUUUGGAAUAAAGGCAGAUGGAGGUUAACAGGUGUAUAAAUUGUGUUUCUAAGGGGGAGACUUUUAAUCUGAAUGCUUUUAAAAAUUUAUCUGACAAAGAGGGCCAUUUUUGCAUGUUGUAAUUGUAGUUUUUGUCAUUCAUAGUGGGAAAGAACGGAUAUAUCUCUAAUGUUUUUUUGGUAACUGUUGACAGGAGAGGGGAUCCAAAAAAUAUUCACAUUUUGUGAUUUUGACAUAAUUUACAAGAAACAAUAAGAGAAUUAUCCGUGUCCUUUGGGCUUUCUUGUAAUGCAUUUUAAGAGGGAAAAAUUAAACGUAAUAAUGGCAAUUUAAUUUGGUAUUAUUGGGGUUAUGCGUGUGGAGCCACAUCAUAAAAAUCACCUCCAUGCAAGUACUUUUUUCUUCGUCACAAAUUGUCAGUAUUUUCUGAUGAUCGCCUCCCCUUUGAUCAGUGUAAUGUGUGAAAGUUUUUGUUUUCAUUGUAAAUCUCUAGAAUAGAUAUCACAGUGUCUGGGAAAUGGACCAUUUCCUUUCAUUGUGCCUUUUGAAUUUUUUUUCCGUUUUUAUUUGCUGUGGUGAGAGGUAUAUUGAUGCAUGUGUUGAUUGUACUUUUUUCUUGAGUCUUAAAGAAUGCAGUUGUAUUAUAACUUUAUCAGAAUUGACAAGGUUUUUUUUCUGUUUCUUUUGGUAAUGAGAUGACGGUUUUCUUACAUCUUGGUGUGACAUCAUUGGUCACUGUCAUACUUAAAUGUGUGUCAUUUUUCAUCUUGUAUUUGAAGGAAAUCCCGAAGGAACAAUUCUAAGAAAAGAUAUUUCACCACUAUCAGUUUCAAAUUUGGGUCCAAAAUCCUCCGGCAAUGGAAUCUUUAAAUUUUUGAAUUUCAAAGCCGACAAAUCCUGGGACUUAUUGUUUGAGUUUCAGCUGCAAGUUUAAUAUAAAAAAAGGGUUGUCCGUUUUUAUUCACAUCCUAAAAUAAAGAGGACGUUCACUGUUUAAAGUGGACAGUUUUUUAUUUGAAGAAUGUGCAUUUUUUUGGCAAUAAUACAUAGAUUUGUUAUACUGAUGAAUGUAAUAUGACUGUUAAGAGUGAUAGGUUGGAGGUCAUUUGUAUAUACUAAUGAUGAUAGAGCAAAGAGGUGAAUACAUUCACAGAGGGAAAACAAGAAGACAAAAACCUCUAGGCAAGGAAAGUUUUACCAUAUGUCCUGUUUGUAUAUCUGCACAAUGACAAUCCAUCCAUUCACGGCACUGUAUAUUCCCGAUUUAAUAUUUAUAUUUUUAAUUUCGUACCUCCUGAGCAGGCAUGUCGUUCCUAGAGAAAAAUGUAAUUUCCGAUUUGUCAACUUUCUAGCAGGUUGGACAGCCGAAUGUAACUGACAUUAAUUUAAAGUUUCUGUCUUUCGUUGAUUUUGUUUGGGCCAUUUUUUUUUUCUUCAAAUCUGUUGAGUUGCAUGAAUUGUCCUGGAUGAAGUGAAGAUUUUUUUUCUCUGAUUGGAUUGAACGGAUGGCAAAAUUUCCUCGAGAAAUGCUAGCAUAUGGGAAAAUAUAGUAUGCAUAUAAUCAGAUUUCAUGAGUUGGGGAUUGUUAAAAAAAUCUCUCUAUGAAUAACAGUUCAGUACUUCACACCUCCUCAAUCAAUUUGCCUCUCCAAACAGGGUGAAUCAUGUAAAGCAAAGUCCCCCCCCCCAAAAAAGGAACUUAACUUCUUUUGUUUAGCAGAUGCCCCAAAUUUUACAAUAAUGAUACUGUAACAUUAAUUUAAGAAAUCAAUAGUUUAAUCAUCCACGUUGGGGUCGUACACACAGCUGCAGGGUCAUUCGAAUUCACUUUUUUGUGGUUUUGGUUUGUUUUGCUUUAUCUCGUUUCUCCAUUUUUUUUAAUAGUUAGAGGGGGUGUUAAGAGAGGAAGAGAAAUAAGAUUUUUGGAGGCUUGAAUAUAUAUAUUUUGGUACCAGUCAAGUAAAGUUUAUUCCAUGUCUUGUAGAUUGAAUGAACAAAAACGUGUAAGAUUUUGUUUUUUCAAGAGUAUAUAACGCAGAUAUUGUAGAUACUGAGUCUUUGUUGGGAGAUAGAGUUGCAUGAUUUUUAAUAAUAUUAGUUGUAUUAACUGCCUGAAAUUGGAAUGGUUUUUCAUAUUAAAAAUGGAACAGUUACCAAAAAAAAUUUUCAAAAUACAUAUUGUAGACAUGUUUUCCAACCUCCCAACUUCAUGCAUUAUUUCCAGUAUUAAUAGUAAGGGGUUCUCCUUAAACAAUUUUUUGAAUAAGUCAAUCUUGUAUAUAAUGCAAAACGUGUUGUUAUAAAAGAAAAAUUGUGGAAGGAGAAAUCUCAUCUUUGCUUUCCUGUAAGCCGAAACAAAAAUUUGGCUGGUUGGAUUAUGUGCGAGAUCAAGUUUUCGCACAGUGGCGCCUGUAGGAUUCCAGGUUGCAAUUGCAAUAACCUACUUUUCACCUUUGCCACCCUUCCAAAGGUGGCACCUGGCCAGCUCUGCGAAUUCUUGACACAAGGAAGACUUUGGACCAUACCAUUAUGAAAAUCAUUCCACACAGAAGGCUGAAAAAAAAAAAAUGAUUUAACGAAAACAAUAAAAAUUGUGUGCCUUAUACACUGGUGUUUAAAAGAGAAAAGAAGCUUUUAUUCACACUUACUAGCACAGCCCUCUCUCACAGUGUCUCAUCAACAGCCUUAUGUCCUUGCUAUUUGCCUCAACUUUCUACAACUGUUCACUCGUCAGUCCUGCCCUUCUUUUUUCAUUCUCGUUGUGCAGGUAUUUUCUUGCUUUUCCCCCCCUCACCUCUUGUUUUACAUCUCUGGUAUUCAUGUUUUUUCCACUCUUUGCUCUAUUACAAAGUUCAGUCGAGUUCAGAAGCACACGUGGAACCUUUCGUAUUUCUGUAUUGUCCGCUCACUUGUCAAAGUGUGAUUUGUUAUUCCCAUUGAAACUGUCUACUGGAACGGUGUCUGGAUGACUUUUCCUGGGCCCAUUUUAAUCUGAGAAAUCUGCCUUGUUGCCUGUCUGCCACGCAGCUGGUUGUUUGUGGCUGUGUUGUUUUCAGCUGUGUAGCUGCCACGUGCUUCUGGACUCGUCAAGGUGUAUCCUGUGACCUUUGACCUCUCAACUUUCCAAUUCUCUGUAUAUUUCUUAAUGUUUGCGUGUGGUUUUUUUUUUCCUUUUCCUCCUGUGUCCCCUCCCCUCAGCAACUUGUCCAGAUUGCCCUAUUUAUGCUUCCUACUGCUCCUGUUUUUGCUCACGCCUUCUCUUUUUGCCAAAAAAAAAAAGGCAUCUGAAGUGUCUCCUCAGACAGCAGCCAAUAACUGGGUUUCCUUGUUGGGGACAUUUUGAUUUCUUUCAUUUGAAACUGAAAGACCCCAACCUUUUGCCAAGCAAAUGAACCGUAAACUUGUUUACCCUCCGACGAGUUCAUCAUGCAAAUGGCAAGGCCCUGUUAGACCACCUGUUGAACCUUUCCUAUAUCCGUGAGCUCGUUCAGGAUUUCAUAAGGGCACCAGUUCGGCCAUGUGUAGUGUGUGUGCAUCAUCAUAUGGCCACCCUUAAUGGGCUGACCCCUCACGAAUAUGUAGCAGGUCUCGGAUAUCCUCAGACACGCUCUAAUUUGAGCCUGCCAGAAAAGGCACAUUUGUAAGAGUUAGACUGCAUGCAUUCUGUACAAUUUCUGCGUCUGUGGAGAGAUCAUUGGAUCACUAGACACAUAGGUCCGACAGACAAGGGCAUUAAUUCUUUUGAAAUUACAAGACUGUCCAAGGUAGUUCGAUCACGCAUGCACAAAAUCAUGAUAUGGACUGAUUUGACAAGUGCCAUAUCACCCAUGUAAAAGAUGCUGUUUUCAGUCUUACAGGUCUGUAAAUAUUAGAUUUCAAUUUUGAAAGGGCGGAAAAAAAUUGUAAGAGCUGUAUUUGUCAGUUGUUCUGUUACCAUGUUCUUUUUCAUUCUAAAUUCAAUGAAAAUGGAGUUCCGUGAUCUGUCAUAAGGUGAUUAACAUUUAUGUCUGGUAAAUUUAAUCAUACCAAGUGACCACCAAGAUGCUACAUUCCCAACUGCAUUAGCUAUAAUGGCUUACUUAAGCACACAGACAGUGGUUAAAAAGUAACAAGUUGACUUGUUUUAUUCUUCUAAAGUGGAUAAUUCAUUGCAUGCUAUACCCUUGUAUCGCUUACUUCUCGUUAGCCUCGUUAUAAUUGCUGUUCUGGACUCUGGAGUGGACUUUUGGCUAUUCCUGUAACAGCCACUUAAUUUAGUUAUCUUUGUAGGAAUUAUUCUACUGCCGUAUGGGUCUUGUCAUUGGUUUUCAGAUUUAGUCAGAAUCCAAAAGCACAUAUUUAUAUCUCCUUCCUGGGCCAUUUUCUGUGACACUGAACAGAUAUAACAAGUUUGGAUUGUCCACAUGUUUUACAUCAUUUUUAUUCAGGUUUUUGCUUUAGGAAGGCAUUAAUUUGUCCUUUUCACAAUCACCAAUACCAACUUCUCCUUACAAAACAGUCCUUACCCUCUUAUCUACAAUAUGUGUCCAAAACUUCUGACAAGAUCUGAUACUUGUUGUAAUUAAACAGGUUAUUCAUAUGUGCAUGCUUUUUGUAUGACACCUUUGAAUCUUUCCUUGGUAAAAGAAAGCCGACUUUAUACUUGUGGAUUUGGUGUAUUUCUCAGUGUUUCUACGUACAGGCUGUUGAGUAUAUUAUGAAUAGUCUCUGUAUUAUAUGAUUCUUUAUACCUUGUAGUGAGUAGCAUGUAAUAUAAUGGGAGUCCAUCUCGUAUUAACUUUGAGAAGAAUUAAACUGAUGUGCCGAGGUGGUUUUUUUUUUCUCUAUUGGUGUUGGGGCAAUCAGUUGGUGUGUUGGAGAAAUCAUUUGCACUGGAGCUAGUUUAAAAUUCCUCAGCAAGGUGGAAUGCCAAUCAUUUGCCUUUUAGAGAGAAGGGCGUGUUUGUUUGCCCUGCUGGUGACUUUAUCCUACUUUUUUUCUGUUCAAAACUACAAUUGCUUGUACCCUCUGAUUUGUUUAAGAAUAUUUCUAAAAAGUUGCACAGACUGGUUAACUUUGGCUAACAAGUUAUAACAGAGUCUGUUCCCACAGGAUAAAGUGCAAAUCAUUUCUCUUGCAAAGGUCUGUUAUAGAGGACUUUGAUAGUUUUCUUUGGGCAAUUUUCUGUCCUCUAGCAAUUUUUGGGUUCUGUUUAGUUUCAUUUACUUCUUUAUUCUAAAGUAACAAAGACUGUAUUACACUACAGCAUAUCUCUUUCAUUCCUUUUUACAACUGUUUGACAACUGCUUAUUUAUGUCUUUUCUGUUCCUCCCGUCACCUGGGAGACGAACCGUUUGCCGGUCUCUCACAGGGAUGAGAGGAACUUUACGUAUGUGUGUACAUUUUAUGUGUGGACACUCGUCUAUCACUGGUUCUCCCAAGAGUUCUUUUUAUCCAAUCACGAGAGGAAGAGGAAAUAUCGAUGCAUGACAUCAUCGAAGUUGGACAGGUCAGUGGUGACCAGCAGUCCCGAUCACAAUUCAGUGGGCAUCUCAGCGUGCAUGGUUUCAAACCGACGGCCUGUUUAGACUGGCUACUUAUCUCUUCAUCAGAAUUGGGGUUUUGCAUCUCCUAGUUUAACUUAUCUUUUUCUUAUCACAUACUAUUGAAGAGCAAAAUGGGGGGGGGCCUGAUAUGGAAUUCAUGUGUGCUAAACCAAUUUUUUUUAGGGGAGGGUGUAUCUUAUGUCCAGCUUUGCUAAAAGUGGACUGGCACGAAUGCUUCAGUUAAUGUGCGGAUAUCAAAUGUACAAAUUUUACAUCAGUGGUUUUUGUAGCUUUGUACUGGUCAUUUUUUCUACAGUUCGGCCUACCACAAUUGUAUACACUAAAACUGUAUUUAUUGUCAGACAUGAUAUAAUCCGAUUAGCAUUCUCAUGGGGAGAAAACUGAAGAAAUUUGGUUGGAUUUUAGGCGAGUUCAUGGGUUGUAUCGGUUGACACAAAAUUGGAGUGAUAGAUUGGACAGUUAAAAGAAACAAAAAUGAAAUGUUCACAUGUAUGUAACAUAUAUUGAAGACGAGCAGAUUAAAUAAAGUUUGGUUUUGUAACAAAAACUACCACA